GGUGUGGGAACCACUUCGCACAGCGCUGGCCCAGGCAGAGUGCUGCUUAGUGUCUGCCUCCACCAUGCUGCCCUCCGGGAUGCGACUGCUGCUGCCUCUGCUGUGGCUCCUGGUGCUGUCACCCGCCCGCCCAGCCGUGGGAACGCUCAGCCGCAACAACACCCACAUGGAGCUGCUCAGACAACAGCACAUCCAGGCCGUCGGCGCCCUGAUCCUGGCCAAGCUGGGGCUCUCCAGCCCCCCAAGUGAUGAUGAGGUGCCGACGGGUCCGGUGCCCGAGGACAUACUCGCCCUGUACAACAGAACCCGCGAUCAGGUGUCCGGGGAGAGAGCUAAACAGAAGCCCCAACCCGACUCAGGCUUCUUUGGCAAGGAGAUCACCAGUGUGCCAAUGCUGGACAGCAACCACGAAAUCUACCAAAAAUACAAAGAAAGUCGGCACAGCGUCUAUAUGUUCUUCAACACGUCAGAGCUCCGGCAAGCAGUGCCCAAGCCGGUGUUGCUGUCCCAUGCAGAGCUGCGCCUGCAAGUGCUCAAGUUACAGCAGGAGCAGCAGGUGGAGCUGUACCAGAAAUGCAGCAACGAUUCCUGGCGCUACCACAGGAGGCGUAAGCUGACACCCAGUGACACAGAUGAGUGGUUGUCAUUUACCGUCACCUGGAUUGUGCGGCAGUGGCUGAGAGGUGGAGAGGAAAUAGAGGGCUUCCGCCUCAGCGCCCACUGUUCCUGUGACAACAAAGAUAAUGUCCUCCAAGUGGACAUCAACGGGAUCAGUUCCGGCCGUCGAGGUGACCUGGCCACCAUUCACAGCAUGAACCGACCCUUCCUGCUCCUCAUGGCCACCCCUCUGGAACGGGCUCAACAUCUACACAGUUCCCGGCACCGCCGAGCCCUGGACACCAACUACUGCUUCAGCUCCACAGAGAAGAACUGCUGUGUGCGGCAGCUGUACAUUGACUUCCGCAAGGACCUGGGCUGGAAGUGGAUCCACGAGCCCAAGGGCUACCACGCCAACUUCUGCCUGGGACCCUGCCCCUACAUCUGGAGCCUGGACACCCAGUACAGCAAGGUCCUGGCCCUGUACAACCAGCACAACCCGGGCGCGUCGGCAGCGCCGUGCUGUGUGCCACAGGCGCUGGAGCCACUGCCCAUCGUGUACUACGUGGGCCGCAAGCCCAAGGUGGAGCAGCUGUCCAACAUGAUCGUGCGCUCCUGCAAGUGCAGCUGAGGCUCCCCCCACCCCUUAACCCCCCCACCCCCCACCCCCGCCCCGGCAGGCCCGGCCCCACCCUACCCCGCCUCGCCCCCGGGCCGGGGCAGUAUUUAAGGACACCUGUGCCCAAGCCCACCUGCGGGCUAUUAAAGGUGAAAGAGGA